AUGUCUUCCACGAGUUUUUACCUCGUUUACUCAGGUCGAGUGGAAGUGGUCAAGAACGAGGUCGAUACCCCGGCUCGCACCAACGGAACAAUCCAUUUAACCUUCCUGGGUCCAGGAGAUACGUUCGGUGAGCGGGCGUUGUUAUCCAACACCGACGUACGCGCAGCUUCCGUGAUCGUUGCCAGUGCCCCGGCAGAACUGGUUUUCAUCAACCGCGUCGUGUUCAGCGAGCUGCUCAAGGAAUCGCACGAUUCGAGCAACACUCACACACUCGAGAUCACGAAGCGAUUCCGUAGCAACAAGGACAUUGUGCGCAACAUCUUCAUGCGGAGCUCCGCGCAGCGAUCUGAAAAAGAUCUGAAGUUCGCGGUCGAGUACCUGAAGAGCGUCAAAUUCUUCUCACGAUUCUCCUUUGAAGUCCGGAAGCAGUUGUGCAAGGUGAUGCGGCUCAUUAGUGCGGUCACCAACACGGUACUCUUCGCUGAGGGCCAAAUCGGCCGACACUUCUACAUCAUCUUCACGGGUUGUGUCGACGUGUCCGUCCGGGUCAAAAACCGCUUCGAGGAGACGAAGGAGAGCGUUGUAUCGCGCCUAGGCGAGGGCGAGUACUUCGGUGAGCUUGCGCUCUCUCAAGCGGAUGGCGUUCGCCGUGCUACGGUUAUGUGCACCGAGUUCUGUGAGCUGCUCGUGCUGGGCCGCGAUGAGUACGAGCCACUGAUCAAGAAGUACCAGAACGAAUACCACGCGCAGUACGCGCAAAUGCUCCGAAAGAACCCGUACUUCAUAGGACCCGAGUGGGACGACAACACUAUCGAAGGCAUGUGCUCGGUCAUGACCGAGAAGUACAUUCCUUACAAAGGCGAGAUCUGCAAACAGGGAUCGCGCGCCAGCGAGUUGUUCAUCGUGACUCGGGGCGAGUGUCGAAUCAUCCACGAAGGCAAACACCCAAUCACGAAUGCGCGCCAGGUCUACGAGCUCGGAAGAUAUGGCCCAAACUCGGUCCUGGGCUGCGCAGAGUAA